GUUUCCUCUGGCACAGGGUGAGGCAGGACACUCCUCAAGAGCAGACCUUCCCUGGAAAGGCUUGUCAGCAAUGUGUGGGCUAGUGACUAGUGGGGAGGGGAAGGCACUAAGACCCUGUGGCCUCUGAACAAAUGAGAGGGGGCAGAGGAGGAGGCACAGGAAAAACUGUGCAAGUUACCGAUGACUUUUUGCCUCCUUGAUUUUUCUGGUAAGGGAGAUGAGAGAGGGGCUGGGGGCUGAGAUCAGAGGCAUCUCGGCUAAUCCCCACCGCUCACAUGCAAGCAUCCCCUCUGCCUAAUAUCACUGCUCAGAUUAGCCCCAUAGGGAAGCUAUUAGGGCAAAGGGGAAAUGUUCCUUUGCAGAAUUUGGAAGAGGAUCAGAUAAACAACUCCUGAGAUACUUGGACAGGACAGCAACUCCACAGCACAGGGGUCAGUGCAGAGACAGGGCAGGAUCUGAGCCACCCAUCAGCUCUACCCAUCAGCUCUACCCAUCAGUUCUACCCUUCAGCUCUGCCCAUCAGCUCUGCCCAUCAGCUCUACCCACUGACCUGCCACUGCCAAUAUCCGGGCAUGCAGCUUUGAGCACAAACAUGGAGCGAAUCAAAGUUCUGGAUCAACUGCUACCAGAGCUAAAUGUUCUUCUGAAGCUUCUGGAUCAUGAGUUCCUGAGCGCUACAACUCGAGAAAAGCAAAGUGCAGUGUGCAGUAUCCUGCGCCAGCUUCAGCCGGCACCUGGAGAUGAGUUGGACUUCCAGUAUAUGAACACUGCUGCUUAUCACAAUGGCACCAGCUUUGUGGAGUCUCUGUUUGAGGAGUUUGAUUGUGACUUGCAUGACUUACAGGACAUGCAGGGUGAAUACAGGGACAGCAGUGAGAACUUGUCCUGCCAGGUUCCUCCACCUCCUUCUGCACCACCACCACCUCUACCUACCACUCCACCACCAGAAGAUUAUUAUGAGGAGGCAGUACCCCUUGGGCCUGGAAAAAUCACAGAAUACAUCACUUCCCGAAAUAGUUCCAGUCCUCCAAACUCCAUAGAAGAUGGAUAUUAUGAGGAAGCAGAUAGCAAUUAUCCUAUGACUCAGAUUAAUGGGGAACAGAAAAAUUCCUAUAACGAGUCUGACGGUCUGAGCAGUUCAUAUGAGUCAUACGAUGAGGAAGACGAAGAGGGGAAGGCUCAGCGCCUCAUGAUCCAAUGGCCUUCACAGGAAGCUUCUCUCCACCUUGUUCGAGAUAGCAGGAUCUGUGCUUUCCUCCUUCGCAAGAAGCGCUUUGGCCAGUGGGCAAAACAGCUGACACUUAUUAAAGAUAACAAGCUGCUGUGUUACAAGAGCUCCAAGGACCGUCAACCUCACCUGGAGAUCCCUUUGGCCCUGUGUAACGUGGCCUAUGUGCCCAAGGAUGGGAGGCGCAAGAAGCACGAGCUGCGUUUCUCACUUCCCAAUGGGGAAAUGUUGGUUUUGGCUGUGCAGAGUCGGGAGCAGGCAGAGGAAUGGUUGAAGAUAAUAAAAGGUGUUAUCAGGCCAAGCACAGGAAGUUCUCCAGCCUCCCCAGCCCUCAGACACAAACUAGAUCUGGACAAGAGACUGUCCCAUGAUAAGACAUCAGACUCAGACAGUGCAGCAAAUGGAGAGAACAGCUCUCUCAGCAGUGGAAAGGAGAACCGUGACGCAGGGAAAUGUCGGAAGGGGGGUUUGGCAGAACUGAAAGGGUCCAUGAGUCGAGCUGCGGGUAAGAAGAUCACUAGGAUUAUCAGCUUCUCCAAAAAGAAGCAAUCAGUGGAAGAACAUCACACUUCAUCUGCUGAAGAGGAGGUUCCCUGCUGUGGCUAUCUCAAUGUGCUAGUGAACCAGUGCUGGAAGCAACGCUGGUGUCGCUUAAAGGGCCACACGCUUUAUUUUCACAAGGACCGCAAUGACCUGCGCACACACAUUAAUUCCAUUGCGCUACGUGGCUGUGAGGUUUCACCAGGGCUUGGUCCUCAGCAUCCCUUUGCUUUUCGUGUCCUACGACAGGGUCGGGAGGUUACUGCUCUAGAGGCGAGCUGUUCGGAAGAAAUGGGGCGUUGGCUGGGGCUCCUUUUGGCUCAGACCGGCUCUAAAACCAAGCCAGAGGCCUUGCACUAUGAUUAUGUGGAUGUGGAAACGAUAGCCAACAUUGUCACUGCUGUGCGUCACUCCUUCCUGUGGGCAACAUCAUCACACAGCAACAGCAGUGACUCAAUAUUGUAUGACGACGUUUCAUAUGAGAAGGUGGAAGACCCCAAGCGGGCCCCUGGAGUUGCACAGGUUAAACGCCACGCCUCCUCCUGCAGUGAGAAAUCCCGACGGGUAGAGUCUGAGGUUAAAGUGAAACGCCAUGCAUCCAAUGCUAACCAGUACAAAUAUGGCAAAACAAGGGCUGAGGAAGAUGCCCGGAAAUUCAUUGUUGAAAAAGAGAAGCUUGAAAAGGAAAAGGAAGCCAUUCGGAACAAGCUGUUUACCUUGAAAAGAGAAAGGAGGGAACUGAAGGAGAUGCUGAAGAACUGCUCAGGAAAGCAGCAGCAGGAGAUGGAGGCAAGGCUGACUAUGCUGGAGGAACAGUGCAAGAACAACGAGAAAGCUCGUGUAGACUUGGAGAUACAACUCACAGAGGUGAAGGAAAACCUAAAGAAAUCCCUGGCUGGAGGGCCCACGCUUGGCUUGGCAGUAACUGGCAAGUCUGAAAAUCAACCUCAAAAAAGCCAGCAGACAAGCAGCCCACCGGAACGCCUUGUACCUGUUAACAGUGCGGCUGAGAUGAGACGCAGAGCUCCAUCCACUGAGGCAUCCAACAAAGGCAAAGUGCUACAAAAGGCCAAGGAGUGGGAGAAGAAGAAACCCUAAAGAAAUGUUCCCUCAUUCUUCUGGUGAUAAGAAAAGGCACAAAUAAUGUAAUAUCAGACAUGGAGGACAAUGUAGCGAUGGAGCCCGGCCUCUGACUUCUUUUCAUCACUGUCUAUACAGAGGAAGCCUCAGACUUUAGGACAACAAAAAAUAAUGUGGAACACUGGAAGCCAAAUGAACUAUAUAGGAACUCCCAAACCGUUCUGUAUGAUACAGUAAAUUUCAUGUGCAAGUUAAUAUCCUAAGGAAAUGGGGACACUUUGUUAUGAAUGACACUGUGAGGAGUUGAGUCACUGGAAAUCGUACAGGCUGCACCGUUUUUGGCUCAGGUUGGAACUAAACUUUGAAUACAGUAAUAACUGAUCAGGUUAUCGACAGGGAAGUGCAAUUGGGAUGCAUUUGUCUAGAUGAUGGAGAAUAUGUUGGUGCCAAACAUAUUUGAUUAUUAGUGGCCCUGGGGGUAUGGAUCCUAGAAGGAAUCUGACACAGAAUGGGAUGGAAAUAGUCAUAGUGAAGGGUCAAAGAAAAAUAAUGUGAAUUAUUGCAAAGUGUGAGAGAUUAUAUUUUAGGGCCUAUUGAAUGUGAUCUUACCUCUGCACUGCCACUACAUUCCAGAGCAGCUUCUAAGAACAGAAUAUAACCUAUUCAUACUUGCGGUUUAUAAGUUUAUUCCACAAGUUCUAAGUCUAAGUCAGUUUAAAAUUCAGGAAGUAAAUUAAACCUUGUGUACAAAUAGAGUCUAUUUUGUGGGAUCACUGUACAUGUAUAUAAUGUGUACAUUGUAGUGGCGGUCUUUGUGAGGAAAGCCAACUGUCACACAACUGUAAGAUUUGGCUAAGCAAAAAGGAUUCGGCCGAUAAGGAAUCUUGCCUGGGAUUUAGGUCAAAAUGAAUGUUGUAUUCAGUGCAUCUCUGCUAACAAGAUUAUGAAUCCAUAGGUUUGUAUCAUAGAAAGAAAGCAGCAGUAAGUGUGUGUGCGCGACGGGAAAUGGUAGAAUAAAAAUGGUGCUCCUAUUUAAGUCACUCUAGUUGGCUCACUCAGGACUAUUAAAGGAAGUCUAGGGCAGACCAUGACCAUAAAGCCUGUGAUCCCCUUAUAAAGGAUCCUGAUAACCCAUUAACCUCCAUAUAGAAAGACUCCAGGAAACCGUGUGUGGAAAUUCAUUUCGGGCCAUGUCGACUUUACACUUCUAAUUGUGCAUUUUAUGUACAGAGAGUUCUAAGCACUUUAAGGAUCGCCAAUAUUUUUUUUUCCAAUAAAAUAAAGAUGUACAGAG